AUGACAAACGGCGAGAAACCAGCAUCCCGGAGUAUCACCCCGGAACCGGUGGGCCUUCCUAUGCCCCCGGAGGGAAUGCCGUUGGAAACCUGGUUGCUGACGCAGCCACAAGAAACUAAGCUGCUGUACUUUCAGCGGCUGGGAAAUGUCUUCGCCCAGGACCAGGCGAAGGAAGCGGAGAGGCUACGGAAGGAGGCCGAAGAAGCCCAGAGGAAGGAGGAUGAGAGGUUGGCGAUCCUGCGGGAGAGGAUUGACAGCCUCAUCGCAAACCCUGAGAGCCGGGGGAUGAUCAGGGAGGCUCUCAAAAGGUUCGACGCAGCGAACCCUCGCCGACCCGUCCCCCCCUGCCCCACCCCCCCCACCCCUCAGCCGACCCCUGCCGUCGACACCACCCCUGCUCAGGGCCAGAUAGAGCAGAUAGCGGCUCUCUCCGCUCAAAUGGCAAGCUUCAUCCCGAUGAUGAAAGCCUUGCAGGCUUCGGCAGGAGCAAGUGGGAGUGGUGAGGCGAGUGGAAGUGGUACGGGCAAGGGGAAGAAGAGAUCCCGUGCGCCGGUCGAGGAGGAGGAGGAGGACGAGGUUGAGGUGACCGGGACGGGUUUCACCUCUCCCGCCAAGCGUCGGUCGAUGCGGGGAGUGAAGAGGGGGGACGUGUUCGAACUCCCGGAGACCCAGCCGGCGUGGAUGACGGCUGAUACCUGGCAGCGAGCGGUGGAUGCCGAGGCCCUCCUCAUAAGGGAGGAUUCCAUCCAGUUGAUGGGUGAUGCCAUGUGCAACUGCUGCACUGGCAAGACCAAGCCCGGGAAGCAGACGACCCCUCUCGGGAAGCAGAUGGACGUGCGGUACAACGUCUGCGUGGUGGUCCCCGACCAGCCGGGACAUUGCGUGAGGUGUAUCUGGAGGUGGAGAGAUGGCGAGUGCUGCUUCACUCAGAAGCCUUUCAGCUCGGGAAAUGCGAAGUCGGUCAAGGAGAAGAAGCCGACCAACCUCGACCUGGCCCGAGCCGCCGCCGCCUCCACCGCCCCCGCCGAGCCCCCGGUCUCGCCAGACUCGACCAGCAGCAACACCGCUGCCAACGCUCCCAACCCCUGGGCAGGGUGGGGGUUCCCCCCUGGGCCUUACGGCUACAACCCGUACGGUUUUGGAGCGGGGAACUUUGGGCGUCCUCCCGGUCCCGGUGCUGCUAGACUAAGGUCGUCCGUCUCCGAUGUCAAGUUUUCCAGUACACUCACGCAGGAUAGGAUCAACUACACCAGCGAUCUCGGGAACCGUAACAACCUGCUCAUCCUCCGUGCCACUCCAGUUGAUAAAGUUGUCUUCCAGCUGGUUAACAAUCCCGUCCAUCCGAUCCUCUUCUUCACCGUCUGCUUCAUCUGCCGUUUGAGUCUCUUCCUCUUCAACCAUAUGUUCAUCCCGGUAACCCGGGCAAGUGUUCCAGUGGGGAACCAUUCGCUCAGCAGGGAGCACCAGGUUACAGUGCUUGCAUUCCUGCAUACCAUCACUUUCCUGAACGACAUCCUCGGCUACAUCCUCCAACUCCACUACCGAUGCAGCCCGCUGUUUUCCUUUGCCUUUCUUGGAGGUAUCGGAGAUGUGUUCCCAGCCUUGUAUCUCCAGGAAUUCGAUCAAAGGUGCCCAUCGUGUCUUGCCCGGGGCGGUGAUAGCAAGUUGGUUCCUUAUGAGAGACCCACACGGGAUGGGAGCUGGGGUCAGGGGGAGCCUUGCGGGGGUUAA